UUAUGAGUCCGUGAUGUUGGCUAUGGUAUUGUGAAUUCCAUGUUGAGCGCCAUGGAGGAGGAUGUGGACGAUUGGCAAGACCUUUCGGUGGACAGUGACGAUGCUAUGAAAUGGAUUCCUUGGUUCAUAUCACUUGACGGCCAUGAAUUUCUUUUGGAGGUGGAAGAAUCUUUUAUUCAGGAUCAAUUUAACUUAUGUGGUCUUAAGUCUAUGAAGAACUAUGACAGUGCCAUGGAGAUGAUUCUAGGUUAUGCUCCUACUGAGGAAGUUUUCAUGGAUGCUUCGUUUUUACAGCUUUAUCGUUGUGCUAGUGACCUUUAUGGUAUGAUUCAUGCUCGUUUUAUUACGUCACCCAUGGGUCUUCAGCUGAUGAAAGAGAAGUUUCAGCAGGGUGUAUUUGGUCACUGUCCUCGUGUUCGUUGUCAGCGUCAGAACGUUUUACCUGUUGGUUUCAGUGACACGUUACACAACCACCGCAUUAAGAAGUAUUGUCCUCGUUGUCAGGAGGCUUAUUUAUUUAAAUCUAAUGAGGCUCAUGCUGAGAUUGACGGUGCUUUUAUCGGUCGUUCAUUUCCUCAUAUAUUUUUGUUAUCAUUUCCUCAUUUGAUUCCUAAGGACCCGCCUCAACCGUAUAUACCUCGUAUAUUUGGUUUUCGUGUGCACAAGAUAAAUUCUUUGAUCAAGAUAAAGCUUGACAAUGGUGAGUUUGGUGCUUCUCCAUCGAUCAAGCACGAAUCGCAAUAUUUAUCACAAAUAGAGGAUGAUAGUGACACAUGAUUGAUUUUAAUUCUUAUUAAUUU